AUGGACAAAUCAGAAAUCCUCGUCCACAUCUCUGCGCCCAGUGGCGCCGUCGAUGAUGCUCACUAUCGUGCUCAAGUCGACGCCAUCUUGAACUUCCAAACUCACUCACGUGAGACCAUCCCACUUCGCCCAGGCGAAACAGAUUCCUAUCCUUCUUCCUCCCAUCCCGGCACAUCACCGUUUACAGGGGCUGCGGAUAUUAUUAAUUCACCACCUCGCGUGUCACCGCUCCCUUCACACCUGGUCCCGACACAGCUUGGCGCUCAGAAAGACUCGCUUGAGACCCCUCUCAGUGUUAUCCCCGACUCCCAGCCUCAACCAGGUGUCGACACAGAAUGUCUGACGAUCUAUCCGGAGCCGGAACCAGAGACACCUCAAUGCUCCUCACAUCUCACUUCCAAACGGCGUCGAGUGGAUUCCCCUCCACAGGCCCUCGACCAUCUCCAACAUGAUGAAAUGCAAGCUGGAAGCGUAGGAGGGAAUCGCAACACCACAACCGCACAUACCAGCCCUAUUGUCACCCCAAACACGGUCAAUGAGGGAAAGAAUCCACGGUCAACAAACACUAUAGCACAGUUAAAGUGCCCCACGAUACCCCUCUCCCUUCCCUUAGAAAUAAAACCACCCCCUCCCCCAAUCUCUACAUCUCCUUUCACUACACAUAUCACACCAACCCUCGAGAUGUUGUCCACGCGUCUCAAGUCUCCUCGAACAUACAGUCCCGCAGAGCAAACCAGGGACCUCGACAGCCUCGAGCGAGGACACUGGUAUCUCCGCCUGAACCUCAUUCCUUCAGGCCAAGAUAACACCCACACUCCAGCAAUAAACACCUCCGCACCCACACCCUGGGACAUGGUUCUCUUCUCCAGAUUCUGGACCUUCCUUUCCGAUUUCAUAAAGGAAGGUCGAGCCGGGUGGGGCGUAUGGUGUAUUCUCGAAGCUGAAGGUGAUGAGGGUAGUAAUAGUACCUCCCCAUCAAAAGAAGCAGAGGGGCACUCCCAUUCUACAGGCUCCGUCAAAGCCCAACAUUUAGUGUCCCUCAAGGUCUUCACUUGGGGUGAGAUCGCUCGUCAUAUAUACCUCCUGCUCUUCCUCGCCAGCGAACGGCAGAUCCGCAAAAUGGGUGCGCAGUGGCGUGAUGCCGGUGAUAAGGUCGUUAUCCAGAUGCCCUAG